UACAUUUUUUGCUGCGCAAAUUAUUUUUGUUUUACUUUGUUAAAAACGAUAUCAUGAAAGGACUAUUCUUCAUUCGGAAGAAAUAACGAAAUUAGUUUCAUAAAUUUUAUUAAAUAAAUAAAUAAUAAUAAAAGUUAAUAAAUAUCUUUAAAAAUUUAUUUCGGAAAACAAAAAAAAAUACAUUCAAAAUGUCAGAGACGAGGGAAUUGGACUUAAAUGCUUGGAAAUUAGCUAUUUUUCCAUUAAUACAUUCCCCAGAGUUAUCAAAAAUGGUCACUGUUGAAGAAAAAAUUAAAUUUGCUAUGAUAUUUCUGCAAGAUCAUCAAGAAUUAUUAACGAUUAAACACCAUCAGGAAAAAAGCUCAGAAAAAGCAUUAGAAAAAAUAAAUAAAGCUAACAAACAAAUAUUAACUUUACAUUAUAAAUCAUUACUCAAAUUAUACACUGAAGCGUUAGCUUACGCACCAGAAAAUUCCGAAGAAAUGGCUAAAGCUUAUGCAAAUCGUUCAGCUGUGCUCUGCAAUCAAAGAUUAUAUCAACAGUCGUUAAUUGAUGUAGGUUUUGCAUUGAAGAUUGGAUAUCCAGACAAUUUAAAAGCUAAGCUUUAUGUACGUCAAGCGAAAGCAUUAAAAGCAUGUAGUCCCAAUAUGGUAUCAGAAGUCAAAGAUUCAUUGGCUAAUGCUCGAUUGUGGAUGGAAAAAAUGGAUCCAAUUAAUAAACAGAAAAUUAAAACUGCUUUAGCUGAGUUUAGUGAUAAUAAAACCGCGGAACAACCUCGAAAAAUUUGGUCAGCUGAUAAUUAUUUAGGUUCUAUAUCAAGUAGCAAUUCUAAAAUAUCUCGUGCAAGUGGCGCAAUUGCUUUGAAAUAUUCUGAAGAAUUUGGAAGACACAUUGUCGCUACACGUGAUAUCGAACCUGGUGAAACUCUAGUAGUACAUCGUUCAUACGCAUCAUUACUCUUUCCAGAUAAUUAUUAUAACUAUUGUUGGCAUUGCUCUAAAUAUCUAUGGAAUCCUAUACCUUGCCAAUCUUGCGUGAAUAUUGUUUUUUGUAAUGAUGAUUGUCGUAAAUCUGCGUGGAAUGAAUAUCAUGACAUUGAGUGUAAAAUGAUUGGUGUAAUGAUUGCAUCUGAUAUGAGUACUGUCGAAAUUUUAAGUUUAAGAUUAUUGAUUAAAGCUCUUAAAGAACUUGGGAAUAUUCAAGGACUUAAAAAUAAAAUUAAAGAAUUUGAAUCAGUUUCAGAUCCAAUUAAUAAAACUUUUACUGGCUCAAAAUAUGAUGAAACCAAGUACGCAAGUGUUUAUUCACUAACUCGGUUACCAAUUGAUAAUUUGUUUGCGAUGGAAUAUGCAUUGAAAGCUGUUGGAAUACUGUAUUUUUUAAGUGUACUAACUGAUCUAAUUGAAAAAAAAUUUAAUAAUUACAAGGAUUUAAUUGAAGAUAAAAAUGCCAUGUUUAUUUGCCAAUUACUCUAUCGUCAUUUACAAAUUGUCCGAAAUGGCGCAACAGAAAUUGAAUUAAUGAAUGACGAUGGAAUAUUAACCAAACGUGGAGUAAUAAUUCAACCCUUUUUUCAACUUUGUAAUCAUAGUUGUGAUCGCAAUAUCUACCAUUUCGUUUUAAAUGAUAUGAAUUCAAUGAUUAGUAUUCAAACAAUUAAAAAAGGUGAACAGAUUUAUUGCAGCUAUGGGCCAGAAUAUAUAUUUCAAACUACUGAAGAAAGAAGAGCAAAACUUAAAAAUCUUUAUCACUAUUUUUGUAAAUGUUAUGCUUGUAAACACAAUUGGAAUCCCAGUUACAAAAUACCAUCCUGCAUGAGUCAAGUAAUGCCUGCGGACAUUAAAAGAAAAAUUACAAAUCUUAAAAACAAAAUUCAACCUUUAGUAAUACCCAUUAUGUCAAAAAAUCUCACUACUGAAGAAAAAAUUUCAGUUGAUUUUAACAAGAUUGUAACUCUUUUAAAUUAUGCGCUUAAUAUUCUUGGUAAAUAUUCCAAGUAUCCUUCCCAGGAAAUUAUGCAAUUCAAAUAUAGUUUGGUUGAUAUUUAUCGCAUUCUUGAAGGCUAUUAAUCUGAUUAUAACUUAAUUAAAUUUACUACAUGUUUACUAUUUUAUAUAUUUCUUCGAGACUUUAUAUAUUAUUCAUUUGUAUUUACGAUUAAAAUCAUUUCUUUUGCGUACUACGUUUGCAUAAAAAAUGAUUAAGUAU